AUGCCUGUUUCAGUAAAUUAUCUUGAAGAAGAUUUGCAUGUUGAAAGGCCUAAAUAUAAAAACGCUCAUCUGAUUUUUCUGUCAGCUGUGCCAGGUAACCUUUUCAAUGAUAUGGCAGAAAAUAUAGAACCAGAAAUGAUUUUGACAUUAAAAGAAAUUGAUAUUUGUUUUCUACCAGUGGAAUCACAGGUUUACUCCUUAAAAGAGCCUGAAUUCUUUAAAGCAUUUUACAAUGCUUAUCAUGAUCUGGAUAUCAAUCAGUAUAAAAAGAUAGCUCAGAAAUUAGUUAGUUUAUUUUCCACUCUAGAAGAAAUACCUUUGAUAAGGUAUAGAAGGAACUUUGUUAAAAAUCUUAUUUUAGCUGAAACAAUUCAGCAAGAAUUAGAUCUUCAAAAAGAUUCUUUUAAACAGGUUCUUGAAUCAAAGAGAAAUAAAUCCCAGUUAUUGAUUUUGGAUCGAGGAUUCGAUUGUAUAUCUCCAAUCAUACAUGAAUUUACAUUCCAAGCCAUGGCAUAUGACUUAUUAGAUCUUUCAGAAGAUAUUUAUGAAUAUGCUUUAGAAGUAGGAAGGAUGGAAGCUGAAAUUCAAUCUACUCCUUUAACUGAAGAAGACCCAUUGUGGUGUAAAUUGAGACAUGAACAUAUAGCAAAUGUUGCAAGAAUUGUCCAAAAUAUGAUUGAAGCUGAAUCACUUAUGAAAGCAGCUACAGACCUCAAGACAAAAUAUAAAGGCCUUCCAUCAUUAGGUGAUGCUAUCAAAGAGCAUUUGUUGCAGAAAGCUAAUGAAUCAUUUUAUAGUUACAGACACAUGGCAAAUGAAUUGAUGAAAAAUUAUUGUGCUGGAAUUAAUGUACUGUCCCAGUUGGAACAGGAUUUAGCAAUUAGAAAGGAUUCUAACGAAAAACCAGUGAAAAAUAUUGAGCCUCCAGUCAUGGCCGCACUUGCAAAUGAGACUCAUGACAUCAUGGAGAAACUAAGACUAUUACUUCUGUUUAUUUUUUAUAAAAAAGGGGUCACUAAACAAAAUUUUGAUAAUAUUGUCAGAACUAGUGGUAUCAGUUUAGCUGCAGCAAGUACUAUCACAAAUAUUUUGCAUUUGGACAUAGAUAUCUUCAGGCCAAAUUACUGUGAACCUGUUGACCCUAGUGUGGCUGAAUAUACAGAUCCCUCAAAAGUUAAGUACAAGCAGUCACGCUGGAGCCCUAUAUUAAAAAACGUCAUUCUUAGUGCUAUUGAUGGUACACUGAGCAAGGAUCUUUAUCCCUUCUUAGAUAAUGAAAAAGGACAACAGCUAACUCCAGUUGAAAGAACUGGCUACUGGUGUGUGGAUAAAAAAAAUGAGAAGGCAUCGAGGUUAUUUGUCUUUAUUGUUGGCGGUGUGACUUAUUCAGAAAUGCGUUGUGCCUAUGAAGUGAUGAAAAAAUAUACAGGUGGAGAUGAUAUUAUAACACCAAAUUCUUUCAUUGAAAAAUUACAAGAACUAUACAAUUUCAUAACUUAUGUUUAGCAUUUGAUGAGGAAGACCUCAUUUUGCUGUAU